CCCUGCGCGAGCGCUCGGAGGGGGGAGGGGUGUCCCGUCGGCAGGCGCACAGACAGCGGGCAGCAGCUGUGGCGACAGGACCCCGGUACCGCUUCUCCGCACUACCACGUUCCCAUUGCGACUUUCAGCUCCCAGACACGCGAGACAGAAACACGCACGACGUUCAACAUGGUCGACCGUGAGCAACUGGUGCAGAAAGCCCGGCUGGCCGAGCAGGCGGAGCGGUAUGAUGAUAUGGCAGCUGCCAUGAAGUCGGUCACAGAGCUGAAUGAAGCACUAUCCAACGAGGAGAGGAACCUCCUCUCUGUGGCCUACAAGAACGUGGUUGGAGCGAGGCGUUCCUCCUGGCGCGUCAUCUCCAGCAUCGAGCAAAAGACGUCGGCAGACGGCAACGAGAAGAAGAUCGAGAUGGUUCGCGCCUAUCGGGAAAAGAUCGAGAAGGAGCUGGAGGCCGUGUGCCAGGACGUGCUCAACCUCCUCGACAACUUCCUGAUCAAGAACUGCAACGAGACGCAGCACGAGAGCAAAGUACGCAUUCAGGAGAUGUGCUACAACUGUCGGGUUCCUCAGGUCAAGACACUUCUGAGCCUGGACUAA